AUGGAAUGGAGCUUAACUUCAACCAGUAAAGAUUUACUUAAAACUUUUAUCGAAAAAUUGGAUUCCGCUCGAAGCAGUAAAAUAGAAACUUUACUAAAGCGAGAUUCUUUAUCAAUGGAGGAUAUGAAUUUGAUAAAGGAUAAUAUUGGAAACGAUGUUCCAUUGUUUGUGUUGUUCAACAUGCUACCUACGAGUUGUACUAAGAAGGAAUACACGGCGUCAAAGGAGUUCAGAGUGUUGACUGAGAAGUUACGCAGAAAACAAGAGAAUAUGCAGUACAGAAAAUUAGUUGAAUCGGUAGAUUCAACGCAGCAAUACGGACAAGUUCACCAUAUCCAAAGUUUUGGAGCAGAGCUUAAAGCUGUUAAUCGUCAGUUGAUUUCCGUGUUCAAUGUACUUAUUACAGUUGUUGGUUCUUUCUUCUUCGGUUUCUCGGGUGUUACCUAUGCUUACCCUCACCUGAAUCUUGAUUUGGCCACGAGGUUCUUGAUUGGAUUAGUCUUAGCAACUAUAGUUUUCUUCGCCGAUUUGUACUUCGUUAUUAAAUCAAUGGAAGAACCUGAUGAAGCCAGAGAGGCCUACGAGGAGUCCCAUGCUCUGAAUUUCAAAGGAAAAGUCAAAAAAGACUCCUAA